AUGCUAUCUCAAAUGGAACAUGCGAUGGAAAUAAUGAUGUCCACGUUUCACAGAUUUGCUGGAUAUAAAUGCUACUUAACGAAGGAGGACCUGAGAGUACUCAUGGAAAAGGAGUUCCCUGGAUUUUUGGAAAACCAAAAAGACCCUCUGGCUGUUGACAAAAUAAUGAAGGACCUGGACCAGUGCCGAGAUGGCAAAAUAGGCUUCCAGAGCGUUCUUUCUCUCAUUGCUGGGCUCACCAUCGCAUGCAAUGACUAUUUUGUAGUACACAUGAAACAGAAGGGAAAAAAAGUAGAAGUAGGCAGAGUUGAGGAAUCACUCUCACCCUGA